AUGGCGCGGGCCGAGGUGCGUGGAGAGCUUGUGUGUCGUUCGGUAGCCUCGGGAAACCCGUGUGCCGGAAGCAUGAGUGUGCAUCGAAAUAUGCGUUUUUUGUUGUGGUUCAGAGAGACCGGUCAUCAUCUCGGAGGAGGGCUGACAUUACUAGAGAAAGAGAGCGGGACAGAGAGAAGAGACAGGGAGCGAGACAGGGAGGUAGGCAGGCGCGGAGACGGAGACAGGUCUAGGGAGAGAGAUCGGCGGUCACGCCGUUGCUAUAAAGACAGAUCUGUUUCUCCCCCAUCCCGCAGGGGCCCAAGUCAUAGCAACGACUACAGGACACACUCGCCAUACAGGCGGGCGGGGGGCGCCCCAGUUUCACGUUACAGCCCGCAGAGUGGUCGGCUCAACGGAGACCGGUAUAGGGAAGGCGGUAGAGCGAGAGACGGAGCAGCAGAGAGAGACAGCGAGGAGCUGAGGGUAAGGGAAAAUAAGAGCGACGCUGAAGAUGGAUCGGGUUUCAACCCGGAUGAGCUCCUCUCAGAUGAAGAAAAGGAGCGACGCUUCUUGGAGGAGAGGCGCAAACAACGCGCCGCGCUGCUCGCGAAGCUUAGCAACAAUGCGAGCGACAGCAAUGCGGACAGCAACACGAAGAGAGGAACCAGCAAUUCGCAUGCUCAGGAAUCCUCGGAUCUGCAAAGCGGUCCAGUGUCAGGUGUAGGGACGCCGGAGGGCGAGCCACAUGCCGUGACGACUUCCCAACAGGAUCGUUCUUCACCCGACGGCCGUUCCCCCCACCUUGGCGAUCCUCCCUCUGACGCAGCCGUGAUCUUCGCUCCAGAUGCCGCGAGCAUCUCCUCUGCAGGGGGCCUCUCUUCUCCCGAAAGUGUAUCUGACACCGACGACGUUCCUGGAGCCGUCCCUGAGAGCGAGAGCACCAUGGAGGUGGCCGAUGGUCUCGAUGGCUUGGACCGGGAGACUCCUGGAGGCACUGAAAAGGAGGAGAAGAGCAGUGGAGGGGGUUCUAUUCGUGGUAUAGACAUGUCCUCCUUGCAGAAAAUGUUGGGAGAACACAAACUGAAGCUGCGAACAUUUAUUAUUCGUAUGCGGGAGGAUCAUGAACGCGCAGAAGCAGUGGGCGGAGGCCCCCAAGAGGGCCCUUCCACAGGGCCCCCCCCCUCUAGCGCUGCAGAGGGGCACAGCACAGAUACUGCCUUCGCAGAUGAUUCAGGGGGAGAAGGCGAGGAUGAGGAGUUGGACAUGUUUUCCGCAGCCCCCCAAAAGAAGAGGAGGGUUUCGCGCUCGGCCUUGCGAAAAGUUGCAGCCGCAAUUCCUUCCGAUUUUGGACCCGCUGAUAACUUUGACGAUGCCGAAGGUUAUUAUCGAGCAACGGUGGGAGAAUUGUUGGGGGGCCGCUAUCGCGUGGAGAGCGACGCCGUCGGGAAGGGUGUCUUCAGCAAUGUUCUUAAGUGCUGGGAUUUGGAGGAAAACCGCUUUGUGGCAGUCAAGUGCAUUCGGAGGAACGACAUGAUGCGCAGAGCGGCAGAGAAAGAGAUGAGUAUUUUGCAUCUCUUGAAUGCAGCAGACAAGGAUGAUAGGAGGCACGUUGUCAGACUUCUCCGUAGCUUUGAACACAGGGGCCACUUCUGUCUUGUAUUUGAGUGGUUAUGGGGGAAUCUUCGGGGCGCGCUGAAGAAGUAUGGGGGUGGCCAUGGGCUGAACGCGAGUGCCGUGCACUCGUAUGCCAAGCAGCUGUUCAUUGCUCUCCGACACCUGCGCAAGUGCAAAAUAAUGCAUGCAGAUCUGAAACCGGACAACAUUUUGUUAAAUGACAAGUUCGCCAUCCUUAAAGUAUGCGACUUGGGGAGCGCGAGCGAUGUGACUGACAAUGAGGUGACCGCCUAUCUUGUAAGCAGGUUUUACCGAGCUCCCGAGAUCAUCAUUGGGGCCAAGUAUGAUUGCCAGAUUGACGUAUGGAGCGCUGCCGCUACGCUCUAUGAGCUCGCUACCGGGCAGGUCCUUUUCGCGGGGCGAACGAAUAACGACAUGCUCAAGUGUAUCAUGGAAUACAAGGGGAAGCUUCCGAACAAGCUAAUAAAGGCGGGUCAGCUAUCCUCGUUUCAUUUCAACGAGGACCUUGAUUUCGUCUACAGGGAUAAAGAUUCUUACUCUAAAAAGGAUAUCGUCCGCGUCUUGCACGAUUUGCGUCCCACCAAAAGCAUCACGGAUUCUCUGCUGGAGAAACAGUAUUGGCUCAAGGGAACGAGCCCGAAGAUGAACUUCCUGCGCCGGAAGAUGAAACAACUCGGAGACUUGAUCGAGAAGUGUCUUGUGUUGGAUCCACAAAAGCGGCUGACGCCAGACGAGGCCCUGCAGCAUCCGUUUGUUAAGGAGAGCAUUCACUUUCUGGAGUCCUCCACGCCAGGUCGUCACAUAUAA